AGAACGCGAAAACCUCUGUUCAGCAAACAACGUUUAAAUUGGACAUACGUCCAAAGUUAUCAAAAUACUAAAGUAUAUAGACAGUUUUAAACAAUCGGCAGCGUUAGCAUCAUAGUUAGGCAGUGGAUAAGAAUUCAAGUGCACCAGAUUCGAACCACUUUUGUGGAGAUUGAACCACCUCAAGCUGCCAGUUCUAGCGCCCAUCCUUUUAGUGUAAAUUUAUGAAUUAGUUAGCUUAGUCAACUGUACACAUUAGUAUUACAACUGAUAUUUAGGUGACAUUACUCAGCAAAUAACCGUGCAGGUUAGAGAUUGUAUACAACAUAUUUUUUACGUUUUACUGUUAAAACGAGUUUUAAUGUUUACUCCGUUCAAAUUCAUUCAACACCACAUACUAAGAACCAAGCUUUUACUAGCAUUACAGACAGCUUUUUAUCACAUUCACUGACUUAAGUGCUAUUUAAGCUCAAUGUAAGAAAGUAGCUGUCACUGACUGUGGUGGGCAUCGGUGAGUCGUGGCCAUGCUGUCCGGAGUCCAGCCGUGUUUCCAGCUGCUGAGAAUUGGCUCGUCCUCUACAGAUUCGGCCCGGGACCUGUACACGUUCCGGCCGGCGCUGACCCACUCAGUGUUCCGGCUGGGCCGUGCGGAAGAGCUGUGUGAUGUCACACUGGACUCGAUGUCUGUGUCCCGGAUCCAUGCUGAGCUGCAUGCUGAGAGGGAGGCGGAGGGAGCGGCUGAGGGGGGCUGGAAGGUGCAGAUAAACGACCGGAGCAGCCAUGGUACCUGGGUGAAUGAGGUCCGUCUGCAGCCAGGUGUCCAAUGGAAGCUCACAGAUGGUGACACACUCACCUUCGGCGGCCAAUCAGAGAGAGGGAGCCCAGAGUUCUACUUCCUCUUCCAGAAGGUUAGCGUGCGACCGUUGGACUUCGACGCCAUCACCAUCCCCAAGGCCGGCACCUUCUCCUCCGACCUGAAGAACCGGAUCAGAACGAGCCUGGACCGCAAGGUGGUGGCCAACUUGGAUCUCUCCACAUUGUCCAUCAAUAGGGCGACUGUCAUUCUGAAUUCCAUCGGAAGCCUGAGCAAGAUGAAUGGGACUCCUUGGACAUUUAAAAGGAGUGACGGCAAUAUCACAGACACAAGCUCCACCUCCCUGCCCCUUACAUCCUUGGUCCCGCCCGCCACCCCUCCUCCCUUUCCACCCACUACCUAUGUGGCCUUAUCCAAGUCACUCCCGCCCUCAUCCAAGAGCAGGCGCAAGUCAGCCCACACUGUCCUUCUGGAGGAUGACAGCUCGGACGAGGCCAGGAACCAGCGAGAAGUGAAGGACGGACCUAGAGGGACGAAGAGAAGGCGCCUCUAUAAGUCUGAGUCUGAGGGUUUCCACGCUCAUUUACCCAAAACGAACCAGGAUGUACGACGCCAGUUCGAACUGAAACAUGUGCCUGUGCCCAAACCGAUCGCAAACUGUCACACCAUCGUCGCUAACGGCAAACUCAACCAUGUAUCCUUCAACAUCAAUCAGAGGUGGGAGAUCGACCCAAACAAUCAAAGGACUGUCCCAAAUAUGAACGUCUCUGUGUUUCGCCAGCAGAAGGUUUUUUCGCCGCCAUCCUCUGGGCGGGGAAGGCGACAGGCUCACAGCUCCCCAGUGUACUCCCCUAUGGUGGUGGGAGGAGAGAGCUACACCCUGGCGUCCCCGUCCCUGAGGAUCUGCAAAGAGGAGAGUGGGCGGGCAGGGCAGUUUGGCAGAUUUCACAUCACCUCUGGCAAGCGGCGGGGCAGACCAAGGAAGCACCCUCCUCCGCGGCCCUCCCUUCCCCCUCCGUCCUCUUCCUCAUCUUCCUCCUCGUCCUCCUCAGAAGACGAAGUGGAGGGAGUGUCCCAGGGGGUGGAGCCGUGUGCCGCGCCUCGCUGCCGCCUGCCCCAGCAGGACACGGUGCAGUGGGUCCAGUGUGACGACUGCGACGCCUGGUACCACCUGGACUGCCUGCACUGCGAACGCAAGAACCUCCUGCUGGACCCCAACGCAGACUUCCACUGUGGCUGCCGCUGAUACAUCAGGAGUGGAUCACAGCCCCCUACACUAGAGCACACUUAAUGCCUUAAUCAUACCGCAAUGAAUUUGAGGCUUGUUUAUGUGAGAGGGAAAAAAAGACCUUGAUUGUUGUGUAAUGUGGAUUGUAUGAUGAAAAUAGACGUUGUACAGUGUUCGUGGAGGUCUUUAGUUGUGACUGAGGCUCGUACGGACAGUAGGGCUGGUCUCAUGUAUGUAAUAAUUAGAGGCCUCCCUAAACUGACAUUUUUCGAAGUGUUCAUCCAAGCUCGCUCUAAUGUUGAGCAAUGAUAUGAGGAAUACAGUGAAAGCUAGAACUUGGGUUAGCAGUAGUAACCCUGGGGACUGAUAUGAACUGUGUUGAACUAUUUUUAGCUACAAAGGCUACUCUGGUGUCCAGUACAAGUCUCGAAACAAGUAGACAUAGUGACAGACUGCAGGUUUUUAACUUAGUGUACGAAGUAUUUCCAUAUUGCAUUGUGAAUAACCCUGCUGUUGAUUGGGGCUAAUGAAGGGGGUAUUGAAGAAUUCACCAAAUUCAUAUCUGCAGUAACACAAUAUGCAUUGCAAUACUCUCAUAAUCACACAAUACGAAUAAUCGAGCAAGGAUAUGCUUCGCUUGGUUCUAUCCUGUUCAGUAAAGAUGUUUACGCAAAAAAGAUGAGCAUGGGUUUUCUGCGUUCACACUCUUUCGUUUUAUUCGAAUUAACAUAAGCUGUCUGACUUUGAUUUAUGUAUCUAACAAUGUCUGCAUAUCUGUCCAUAACACAAAUAGAUUUAAGUCCAGCUGUAGAGCAGGGAUGGCCAACCCUCCUCCUGAUGAGCUACCCUCCUGCAGGGUUUUGUUCCAGCCCUACUAUAACUCACCAGUUGCUCCUCAGGACCUUGAUUGGCUGAACCAAGUGUGAUAUAGUACGGCUGGAGUAAAAGCCUGCUCUCCAGGAGGAUGGAUUGCUACACCUGAUGUAUGAUCACAAAAUAUUUCACACUCUUCACUUUAAUGAUUAUAAGAUCAGCUCGCUAUGUUUCUCUUCAAGGUUAUCAGGGAAGAAAUAAAAGGUAUUUCAAAUUGUA